AUCACCCGUUUCUUAAAACGUAACCAAAAUUCGAUCAAAAUAAAUUUGGAAUAUUACAGAAAUAAUCAUUUGCAUAUAGAAAAUGAACCUACCUGGCCUUCUCCAGCUUAAGAGAGUGCAUUAAGGCAGCAUUUCGCAACGAAAACGUAGUAAUUAGAUAAAAGCGGAGUCAUGGAGGAGAAUAUGUGGAUCAUUGAGUUGGAGUCGGCGCUACUGGACGACUGCAAUGUCAACGACAUAUAUGGCAUUUGCCAGGGAAAAGCCCUGCCAGAGGCACUGCGUCCGGAUGUGUGGCAGGUUUGCCUCGAUGUACGACACAAAUCGGAUCAGAUGUCUCUCUUCAACGAGAUCUACGACCUGCCCUUCCAGAGCAAAUUGCGCGAGGAUUGCCAAAGGCACGUCGAUCGCAUGGGAAACGAUGAGGAGGACAAGGUCUCUGUGGUCUCCGACCUGGAGUCCAUCAUUACGUUCUAUUGCAAAAACAGAAAUUUGCAGUAUGAGCCGGAUAACGGAUGGAUUGAGCUACUACUCCCGCUGUUCGCCUUGAAACUGAAUCGCUCGGAUACUUUCAAUCUGUUCGAGUCCAUUAGGGACACUUAUAUUCCUAAGGGCUGUAGACCCAAAGGAAACGUCUUCCAUGUUUUUCGUCUGCUCUUGCUCUACCACGAUCCUGAGCUUUGCACCCUACUGGACACCAAAAAGAUAACGCCCGACUUGUAUUCGCUGACCUGGUUUCAGUCGCUUUUUGCCUCCUGCAGCAGUCUUUCGGUUAUCAUCGCCAUGUGGGACUUAUACUUUCAGAAUGCUGACCCUUUUAUGGUAUUUUUCCUGGCACUGAUUAUCCUGAUUAACGGAAGGGAGCAGAUCCUGCAGAUGAGAAGCUCGUCCAAGGAGGAGAUCAUCAAGUUCUUGGGCCUUAUGCCAUGUGCCCUGGAAUUUGACGAUGUCCCCGAUUUCUGCUCUUUGGCUCAGUACUAUGCGCUUAAGACACCCACUUCAUUUAAAACUGACUAUUUAAAGGCGCUUUACGGCAAACAGAAUGAUACUCCACGCAGUCAGGAGGAGGCUAACAAGGUAUCACAGGCCCUGUGCCUGCCAGUCUCCGUCUACGAGCUAGUGGAGAACUCGGCCACAGAAUUCCCGGUGCCGGAUGCAGUACGCUUUUUUCUUGUCGAUUGCCGACCAGCUGAGCAGUACAACGCUGGCCAUUUGUCCACGGCAUUCCACCUGGACUGUAACCUGAUGCUCCAGGAACCUGUCGCCUUCGCCACAGCCGUCCAGGGUCUCCUUACUGCCCAGCGGCAGGCCAUCGAGGCCAACUCAAAUGCCGGUGGCGAGCAUCUGUGUUUCAUGGGCAGCGGUCGCGUCGAAGAGGACCAGUACACCCACAUGGUGGUGGCCUCAUUCCUGCAGAAGAACACCCAUUAUGUGUCGCUGCUGACCGGUGGUUACGCAUCCAUCCACGACUACUUCGGCGACCACAUGGCCGAUUGCCUAGAGGAUCACAAUGUGCGCAAGUGCCUCGUCUGCCAGCAGCACAAUGUCGAGCAGACAAAAUCAGCGCCGCUAAAAACGUCAACGCCAUCUUCUACAGACUUAUUUAGCAAGUUCUCCGCCGCCAUGAAGUCAAAGUCUGCUGAGGUCAAAGGCAAACUACUGGACAUCAUUGUAAAUCCGAGUGCUAACGGCGGAGCCUCCGCUAGCGGUUCCAAUGGUGUGCAAGCUGCACCAGCACAGGAACGCCAUGUCAGUGCCAAAGAGCGGAACGGAAAGCGAUACCGCAAUGUGGCGCCUGUUUUCAGUAUUGACGAUGAGAACGAAGACGCCUUAGACGGAGUGGAAGAGCGGGAUGACCAACCACUGGCCGGCGAUGGAAAGGAGAUUGUGAAUCUGAGCCAGUACUUUAAGACGGCCGACAUAAUCAACGCAUUCAAGUGCCAGGAGGUGCACAUGAGUGGCUAUAUGUAUGACAGUCACUUGAUUAUCACACCCGGCCAACUAGUAGUGCUACGGGAACUGGGACGUGGCCAGGCGCAGAUAAUGGUGCGUCGCCCGCUGGCCAGCAUUGUUAAAAUUACGGCCAAGAAACGACAUCGUGACCUGAUCACCUUUAAGUAUGGUUUUCCCGAUGGCGACGGCCUGCUCAUCACAGACAUGGACCGCUUCCUUAUCCCGGAUGCCGCCAAGGCAACGGCCCAGGUCUCCAAGCACAUUAUGAAGGUGCUAGACCACGACAAGUAGGAGAGACCGAACAUCCUCAGCUUGCUUCUCUGGUUUUCCCCUUACCGCGCAUAAAGCUUUAUUUCUUACACAAUCAGAGAUGGACAGAAACUGAUACAAUAUCAGAAGAUACACAAAGUGCAAUGCGCCCGUGAAAGCGCUGUAACUAGUUUGUAAUUGGCAAUGUUUUCCUUUUAGUAGCAGACAAAUUGUAGUUCAUAUUGUAAACGAAGGCCUGGCUGCAACUGUAACAUAGAGCACUCGAUGCAGAGUCCGAAGAGAAUAAUGGAAAGUAGUCCCAGAUCACAUCGCCAGCAAGUCCUGCCCUUGGCCCCAGAUUUUCUAAAUUUCUAAGUGCAAAGAAAGGAAACCUUAACUGAAGCCUUGAGACUUACAACGUGUAAAUGAAAAGAGUAACUAAUAUUUAUUGCAAUUUAAACCAAACAAAUAAACAUGUAUUAUAAUCGACACAAUCAAAAA